GCGCCGUCUAGAUGGUUCGAAUGGCGGUUGGUGGCGCCGCGGGGGCUUCGAGAGUUUCUUUUCUUUCUUUGCACGUGUAUCCGUGGGACGCACCAACCAGCCAGCAUCCGCUUCUAGCCAUUUUAUUAGCCUUCAUUUGCCUGAAAACCGAUCAAUAAUGACAAAACUGAACCGCUUCGUCAGCUCGUCCAGGAGGAAGAGCCGGAAGAGGCAUUUCAACGCCCCGUCCCAUAUUCGUAGGAAGAUGAUGAGUUCGCCACUUUCCAAAGACCUCCGGCAAAAGUACAACGUGCGCAGCAUGCCCAUCCGGAAAGACGACGAGGUUCAGGUGGUUCGAGGACAUCACAAGAGCCAGCAGGUCGGCAAAGUGGUCCAGGUGUACCGCAAGAAGUUCCUGGUCCACAUCGAGCGCAUCCAGCGCGAGAAGGCCAACGGCGCGUCGGUGCCCGUGGGAAUCCACCCGUCCAAGGUCUUGAUCGUCAAGCUCAAAAUGGACAGGGACCGCAAGAAGAUCCUCGAACGCCGCGGACUGGGGCGCCAACUCAAGGACAAGGCAAUGAAGGGCAAGCACACAGAGGAGAGCGUUGCCAUGGAAUCAUGAGUUGCAGAGAGACGCCCACAGUAAAAAUCCGGUUCAGACGCCA